AUGGAAGCCAGGACCUUCAAAGUUAUUAGUGGUGCAAACCAAGAGAAAGAAGUGACUAGAGAGCCAAAAUUGGAGGUUAAUGAUGGUGGACACAAGGAUUAUAUUUUCAAAAGCCUAGAUAAGAAAUGGCGGGACCAUCGAUUCCACUUAUAUAGCUAUGCACAAUGUGAUCCUGAUGGUCCUCGUGAAGCGAACAUUGCAAAAAAAUCUCCAGAGAUUCCUUUGGAGCAAUGGGUGGCAUUUGUCGAUUAUAGGGCUCAUCCUGACACGAAGGCAAAAGCAGCACAAAAUACUAGAAAUCGCAUGAACCUAACAAUGCCUCACACGUUAGGUUCAAAGUCAUUUGAUAGACUACAGAAGGAGAUGGAAACACAACUUGGUCGUUCUGUUACAAGAGCUGAAUUGUUUCAAGCAAGCCAUACAACAUUGGAAGGAAGUUUUGUAAAUGAAGAGGCAAGGCAAAAUCAUGAAGAUCUAAUUAGCCGAAGUCAGAAUUCUUCAGAAAAUGAGGCAUUUACUAGCGUUUUUGGCAAAGAUCACCCAGGUUAUGUUAAAGGGUUAGGACAUGGAGUUUCCCCAACCCAGGUGUAUAGCUCAUCGAGCAGCUCGAGUUGUAAAUGUAAUGCUAGUAGGGGUACAUCAACCGAAGAUGAUGGCCUUAUAGAAAUUGUACAACAAUUAAGGCAGCAAGUCCAACAACAUCAGGAUCAAAUAGCUUUGUUGACCCAACAAUUAGCAAACCAAAAUGCAGAUUUAACACCUAAUCAGGACAAUGUGGAGUCUCCAGCUAUUGGGAGGCGUUCCUCACAGGGUAUUCAUUCAGGUCGUGGCAACCAUAAUUUAGACCAUAUUGCAUAG